GAUAAGGCUGUCGCCAUGGUGAUGAAGGAGAUACCGAGGGAGGAGUCGGCUGAGGAAAAACCCCUCCUUACUAUCAAAUCACAGCUGGUGAAUGAGCAACAAGAAAGCAGACCUCUCCUGAGUCCCUCUAUCGACGACUUCCUUUGUGAAACCAAAUCAGAAGCUAUUGUGCGACCUGUGACAUCAAAUACAGCAGUUUUGUCAACAGGGUUGGAUCUCUUGGACCUGAGUGAACCUGUUUCCCAAACCCAAAGCAAAGUGAAAAAGCAGGAGAACUCCUCAAGAGGAGAAGGCUUAAAGGCUUCGAUCCACAGAAAGAAGGCUGACAAUCCGGACCUUAUCAGUGUGGACGCUGAACAGAAAAUCCAGCCCAUCAGAGGACCUGAGAAGUCACCACUGGAUUUAGUCAAUAUUCAGGGCCAGCUAGAGAAAUGGGAUGAAGUGAAGUUUCGUGGAGACAGAACCAGCAAAGGCUUUCCGGCACCAGAGAGGAAACCGUCAUCUUCUAGAGCUCCAUCAAAAGAAUUUUUAUGGUCUUCGGAGAACAGGUCCCCGUCAGAGGUGGGCGGCGUCAAAACUGCAUUGGAAUCCAAUUCAGCUUCAGAUUUGGAAUUAGCCCCUGCACCAAAGGCACGAUCUACCAAAGAGCAACGCUGGGGAGGUGCCCUCCUCACACGAAAUCAUUCCUUGGAGGAGGAAUUUGAAAGAGCCAAAGCCGCUGUUGAGUCAGACACAGAGUUUUGGGAUAAGAUGCAAGCAGAGUGGGAAGAAAUGGCUCGGAGAAACUGGAUUUCUGAAAGCCAAGAAGCACAAGGCCAAGCAGCUGUCUCCAUUAAUGAGAAGGGCUAUUAUUUUCACACCGAAAACCCUUUCAAAGACUGGCCUGGAGCUUUUGAGGAAGGACUGAAAAAGCUGAGGGAGGGGAAUUUGCCCCUCACCAUCUUAUUCCUGGAGGCUGCUAUUCUCCAAGAUCCUCAUGACGCUGAGGCCUGGCAGUUUCUGGGAAUAACGCAAGCAGAGAACGAAAACGAGCAGGGAGCUAUCGUCGCCCUCCAAAGGUGCUUAGAGCUUCAGCCAAACAACUUGAAAGCUUUGAUGGCCUUGGCCGUCAGCUUCACAAACACCAGCCAUCAGCAGGAGGCCUAUGAAGCACUGAGAAGCUGGAUCAAGCAGAAUCCAAAGUACAAGUACAUCGUGCGGAGCAAGAAAGGAUCCCCCGCCCUCGCCAGGAGAAUGUCCAAGACGACAGACGAGAGUUCACUGCUGGAAGAGGUGAAGGAACUGUAUCUGGAAGGAGCUCAUCAGAACGGUGAGAUGAUAGACCCGGACUUACAAACAGGACUUGGUGUGCUCUUCCAUCUGAGUGGGGAAUUUAACAGAGCAAUAGAUGCAUUUAGUGCUGCCCUCACCGUAAGGCCAGAGGAUUAUUCAUUGUGGAACCGUCUAGGUGCAACCUUAGCAAAUGGUGAUCGAAGCGAAGAAGCGGUAGAAGCCUACACAAGAGCUUUGGAAAUUCAGCCGGGCUUCAUCAGGUCCAGGUACAACCUAGGAAUAAGCUGCAUCAACCUAGGAGCAUACAGAGAGGCGGUCAGCAAUUUCCUCACAGCUCUCAAUUUGCAAAGAAAGAGCCGGAAUCAACAGCAUGUUCCUCACCCUGCAAUUUCAGGUAAUAUCUGGGCAGCUCUCCGGAUCGCUUUGUCUAUGAUGGACCAGCCGGAACUUUUUCAGGCUGCUAACGUAGGUGACUUAGAUGUUCUAUUAAAAGCUUUCAGCAUCGAGCCCUAA